AUGAGGCGUUUUACAAAAAAAUAUGUAACAUCGUGUCUCGAGUGUGCUCAUCAUAAGGCCCCAGGUGGAAGGAAGGAAGGUAUGCUUCAUCCCAUUCCCAAAAUUGAAGUACCGUUCCAUACACUACAUGCCGAUCAUUUAGGCCCUUUUGUACGAUCUCGAAGAGGCAACACGUACAUUUUGGUCAUUGUAGAUGCUUUCACAAAAUUUAUAAAUAUUAAACCGGUUAGGGACACAAAAUCUACGACCGCAAUUAAAAUAUUCCGAGAACAUUUUAGCUAUUUUGGAAUCCCAUCCAGACUAAUAACAGAUAGAGGCACAUGCUUUACGAGCGCAAAAUUUAAGUCAUUCACAAGGAGCUUAGUUUUGAAACAUAUAUUAAAUGCAGUUGCCACACCGCGGGCCAAUGGACAAGUGGAAAGAUACAAUAGGACGAUAACGGAUGCUUUAAGUACUAAAUGUCAUGGUAAAAAUGAUAACACCUGGGAUGAGUACAUAGCUGAUAUACAGUUAGGAAUGAAUACAACAGUGAACAGGGCAACUGGCAAAAGUCCUUCAGAGUUAUUGUUCGGUUAUAAACUAAUGAAUGUGUCAGAGACCAUUCUCGGAGAUGUUAUAAGCCCGACGACCGAGUACACGCAAGGAGAAAAUUUAGUGGAAAUGAGAUCCGCAGCGAGUGAUAGAAUAGAGAAGCAACAAGAAAAUUCAAAAAGGGCAUUUGAUGAACGGAGGAAACACGCAACACAGUAUAAAGAAGGCGAUUUAAUUAGGAUUGAGAGAACAGUUAUUGAUAGAGAACACUUAGGUAAAUCAAAAAAAUUAUUACCGAAAUUUAAUGGCCCCUAUAGGAUUAAGAAAUUACUACCGAAUGAUAGGUUUCUUGUUGAGGAUACGCCUUUAACCAGAAAAGGGAAAAUGCGGUAUGAAAACGUAGUAGCUCUGGAUAAAAUACAUCCUUGGUUAAAUUAUAAAGCAAUUUCAAGCGGAAGCGACAACGACCAUGGUGAUAGUGACCGCUAG